GAGGCUGGCAUGGACUGUCGUACUGUAUGGGAUAAGUACGUCAAUUGCUGGGACUCCACCCCAGGACAACCCUCACACGGCGGCCAGGGUUUGAUGGGCCGUUGGUAUGAUGCUUGUACCGGCUGGUUUCCAACCAUAGGUAGGAUCCAGGUGUUCAGCUUUUCUUCGCCAUUCCUCAAACCCCCAACCAGCUAUUUUUUUACGAACACGGGGAACGCGGCUUCGUUUCCAUCCAGAAAUGUAGCUAACAAGACAAUCGGUUUCAUUGAUGGUUGGGCUAGUGACGAGAAAUGUCUGGCCAGAUGGAUUGACGUCACGGGUCAGGACAAUAUGACCAUCGUCCACGUUAAUAACCCUGCAGAUAUCGUUGCCAAGUUGAAAAGUGGAGAAAUAGAAGCGGCCUUCGUGUCUGCCUUAGACAUGGCAGACUAUGUAUCCGAGGUUGAACAAGUCCCCGGGGCUGGGUUUUCUUGCAUGUUGUCCGGCAUUGGGAUGAUGACUAGGAAAGACAACGACUUCAACUCAAAAUGGAACGCGGGAUUCAGCAAACUGGUCUCCAGCGGCAAGUUUAAGAAAUUAUGUGAUGCUGCCGCUACAAAACACGGUUCUCGUGGUUCCGUGACCUGCGUCGAUGGCUAGAAAUAUCAUGAAGAUAUCACCAAGAGCGGGAAAGAGACUGGAAAAGAUAGAUUACAGAAAGAAAAAUACUAACGGACAAUUAAGACCCAUCAGAAAGUUCAGUUCCUAUUGUUUUUUGUUUUUUUUUUUACUGAAGACGGCCGUGGAAUUUUCGGACAGUGUACAAAGAUUUCCAC